UGGUGCUGCUGGACUUCGCCAAGGCGCAGGGCGAGCUGGGCUGGCUCACGCAUCCCUACGGCAAAGGGUGGGACCUGCUGCAGAACGUCAUGAACGACUCGCUCAUCUACCUGUACGCGGUGUGCAACGUGCUGGAGGGCGAGCAGGAGAACUGGCUGCGCACCAACUGGAUCUACCGCAGCGAAGCGCGCCGCCUCUUCGUGGAGCUGCGCUUCACCGUGCGCGACUGCAACAGCUUCCCCGGUGCCGGCGCCUGCAAGGAGACCUUCAACCUCUACUACGCCGAGUCCGACGUCGACUACGGCACCAACUUCCAGAAGCGCCUCUUCAAGAAGAUCGACACCAUCGCCCCCGACGAGAUCACGGCGCGCGACGACUUCGCCGCGCGCAGCGUGCGCCUCAACACCGAGGUGCGCUCCGUGGGGCCGCUCAGCCGCAAGGGUUUCUACCUGGCGUUCCAGGACCUGGGCGCCUGCGUGGCCCUGCUCUCCUGCCGCGUCUACUACAAGAAGUGCCCGGCCGUGCGCCGCGGCCUGGCCGCCUUCCCCGAGACGGUGGCGGAGGAGUGUCCCCCCGGCCCCUUCAAGGCGGAGGCCUCGGACGGCGCCUGCAAGCCGUGCCCGGCGCACACGCUGCCUGCGGCCGCCGGCUCCAGCGCCUGCCCCUGCGAGGACGGCUACUUCCGAGCGCCCGACGAACCGGCCGGCUCCCCCUGCACGCGUGGCGUGCCGGCCCGGCAGCGCGCCCGCGUCUGGAAGUACGAGGUCACCUACAGCAAGAAGGCGGACGAGAACAGCUACUCGGUGCUGCGCUGCGAGGACACCUCUGUCACCAUCCCCAAGCUGGCGCCGGGGACGGCGUACGUGGUGCGGGUGCAGGCGCUCACCCAGGAGGGCGAGGGCACCUACAGCCCCCAGCACGAGUUUGAGACCCUCCCGGAGGGCGCCGAGGGCAUGGCCUCCGCCGCUGUCAUCAGCGGCUCCAUCGCCGGCGUCGUCGUGGUCCUCCUGCUGCUGAGCAUCUUCCUCUAUGUCUUCUGCAGGAAUCGGCACUCGCGAACACGCCAGGCCUCCGAGGACGUCUACUUCUCCAAGUCAGAGCAGCUCAAGCCGCUGAAGACCUAUGUGGACCCGCACACCUACGAGGACCCCAACCAAGCGGUGCUCAAGUUCACCACCGAGAUCCACCCAGCCUUGGUCACCCGCCAGAAGGUCAUUGGUGCAGGCGAAUUCGGCGAGGUCUACAAGGGCACGCUGAAGCGGGGCAAGAAGGAGGUGCCCGUGGCCAUCAAGACGCUGAAGGCCGGCUACACGGAGAAGCAGCGCGUGGACUUCCUGAGCGAGGCCGGCAUCAUGGGCCAGUUCGGCCACCACAACGUCAUCCGCCUCGAGGGGGUCGUCUCCAAGAAUAAGCCCUUCAUGAUCAUCACAGAGUACAUGGAAAAUGGUGCACUUGACAAAUUCCUGCGGGAGAAGGACGGGGAGUUUUGCGUGAUCCAGCUGGUGGGAAUGCUGCGCGGCAUCGCGGCCGGCAUGAACUACCUGGCCGGCAUGAACUACGUGCACCGGGACCUGGCAGCCCGCAACAUCCUGGUCAACAGCAACCUGGUCUGCAAGGUGUCCGACUUCGGGCUGUCGCGGGUGCUGGAGGACGACCCCGAGGCCACCUACACCACCAGCUCGCCGGGCCACUUCCGGGCCGCCGGCUACAGCACCCUGGAGAAGGUGGCGGCGAUGAGCACAGAGGACAUCAAGCGGAUUGGCGUGCGCCUGCCGGGCCACCAAAAACGCAUCGUCUGCAGCCUGGUGGCACUGAGGGACCAGCUCGGCGCCGGCCCCGUCUGA